AUGGUUCAAUCAUCCGUUCUGGGCUUCCCCCGUAUGGGUCGGGUCCGUGACCUGAAGAAGGCUACUGAGGCCUACUGGGGUGGCAAGAUCUCUCGUGAUGAUCUUCUCGCCGAGGGCAAGCGUCUCCGUCUGGAGCACUGGAAGAUCCAGAAGGAUGCCGGUGUUGAUAUCAUCCCCAGCAACGACUUUGCCUUCUACGAUCAGGUUCUUGACCACAACCAACUGUUCGGUGUCAUCCCCGAGCGUUACAGCAAGUACAACCUACACGAUCUUGACACAUACUUCGCUAUGGGUCGUGGUCUGCAGAAGGAAGGUGUCGAUGUUCCCGCCUUGGAAAUGGUCAAGUGGUUUGACUCCAACUACCACUACGUCAAGCCUGCCCUGCAGGAGAACCAGGUCUUCAAGCUCGCUGCUGACCCCAAGCCCGUCCGUGAGUUCCUCGAGGCCAAGGCCGCUGGCAUCAUCACUCGUCCCGUCAUCAUUGGUCCUGUCUCCUACUUGCACCUUGCCAAGGCCGACCGUGAUGCCAAUGUGAACCCUAUCACUCAAUUGGAGAACCUCCUUCCUCUUUACGUUGACCUCCUGUCCCAGCUCAAGGCUGCUGGCGCUGAGGAUGUCCAGAUUGACGAGCCUGUCCUCGUCUUUGACCUUCCCGCUGAGGCCAAGGCUGCCUUCAAGCCCGCUUAUGCCAAGCUAGCCACUGACAAGGCUCCCCGCCUGACUGUGACCACCUACUUCGGUGACAUUGUCCACAACAUUGAGGUGCUCUCUGCCCUCCAAGGCGUUCACGCCAUUCACAUUGACUUGGUCCGUAACCCCGAGCAGCUUGACACCGUCCUCGCCGCUCUGGGCCCCAAGCAGGUUCUCUCCGCUGGUGUCGUUGACGGUCGCAACAUCUGGAAGACCAACUUCAAGGCCGCUAUCGCCAAGGUCGAUGCUGCUAUUGCCAAGCUCGGCAAGGACCGUGUUAUCGUCGCUACCUCUAGCUCCCUCCUCCACGUCCCUCACACUCUGGCCAGCGAGAAGAACCUCGACCCUGAGAUCCGUGACUGGUUCAGCUUCGCUGUUGAGAAGACCGCUGAGGUCGUUGUCAUUGCCAAGGCCAUCUCAGAGGGUGCCUCGGCCGUCGCCGAGCAGCUCGCUGCCAAUGCCAAGUCCGUCGAGUCCCGUGCCACAUCCAAGCGCACCAACGACCCUGCUGUCAAGUCUCGUCAGGCUGCCGUCACCAAGGAGAUGCACGACCGCAAGUCCCCCUUCGCUACUCGUAUUGCCGAGCAGACCAAGACUAUCAAGCUCCCUACCUUCCCUACAACUACCAUCGGUUCUUUCCCCCAGACCAAGGAGAUCCGUAUUCAGCGCAACAAGUUCACCAAGGGUGAGAUCACUGCUGCAGAGUAUGAGAAGUUCAUUGAGAAGGAGAUCCAGGACGUUGUCAAGAUCCAGGAGGAGCUUGACCUCGAUGUCUUCGUCCACGGUGAGCCUGAGCGUAACGACAUGGUUCAGUACUUUGGAGAGCGCUUGACCGGUUACACUUUCACCACAAUGGCCUGGGUUCAGUCCUACGGAUCCCGCUGCGUCCGUCCCCCAAUCAUUGUUGGUGACAUCUCGCGUCCUGCUCCCAUGACCGUCAAGGAGUCCAAGUACGCUGUCUCCAUCUCCAAGAAGCCCAUGAAGGGUAUGCUCACUGGUCCUAUUACCUGCCUGCGGUGGUCUUUCCCCCGUGACGACGUCCACCAGUCCGUCCAGGCUCAGCAGCUCGCUCUCGCUCUGCGCGACGAGGUUGUUGAUCUGGAGACUGCCGGUGUCGCCAUGAUCCAGGUCGAUGAGCCCGCUCUCCGUGAGGGUCUUCCCCUCCGUGCUGGCACUGAGCGUGAGAAGUACCUCAAGUGGGCUGUUGACGCUUUCCGUCUCUCCACUGCCGGUGUCACCGAUGCUACUCAGAUCCACUCCCACUUCUGCUACUCUGAGUUCCAGGACUUCUUCCACGCCAUUGCUGCUCUGGAUGCUGAUGUUCUGUCCAUCGAGAACAGCAAGUCUGACGCCAAGCUCCUCAAGGUCUUCAUCGAUGAGGAUUACCCCCGCCACAUCGGUCCCGGUGUCUACGACAUCCACUCUCCCCGUAUCCCCAGCGAGGAGGAGAUCAAGGAACGUAUCGCUCAGAUGCUUGAGUUCCUCAAGCCUGAUCAGCUCUGGGUCAACCCCGACUGCGGUCUCAAGACCCGUGGAUGGCCCGAGACCAAGGCGGCUCUCACCAACAUGGUUAACGCCGCCAAGUACUUCCGCCAGAAGUACGCUCAGUAA